AUGUUGCCAGUGCUCAAUGAUGCAGAGCAGCAACAAGUGGACGUGCGUGGUUUGCAACGAGAAGCAGUCCGUUCGGAAGGUGUUUGCGCAGGGAUUCAUGGCCAAGGAUCUUCUGGCUUCGUCCAGUCCUUCAAACUCUCGCGCUCACGAGAACAAGAACAAGGUGGUGUGGGAGGUGGGUUUGAGGCAGAGAUUGAAGAAGAGAUUCCAAAUAAGAAACCCAAGUUGAAUAAGUAUCAUACAACAACCGGUGGGGAAGGAGAUGAUGAACUUCAGAAAACAUUUUUCAAUUCUCAAGUUGGAGACGAGGAGACAAGGGAACAUGAGAAGGCUAGAGCCAGUGCUACCUCAAAAUGGAGCAGUUACUUGACUCAAGAUGACACGGAGCCGACGACCUGCCAGGCAACAAUGUCCAUGGCUGCAUCAAAAUGGAGCAAUUAUAUGACUCAAAAUGACAUGGAGACAGUGACCUGCCAGCCAAAAAACACCAACAUGACUAAAAAUGAUAUAGAGCCAAAGACAUGCCAGGCUAGAAAGGCCACGGCUGCCUCAAAAUGCAGGGAUUACAUGACUCAAAAUGACAUGGAGCCAGGGAUGACCAAAGCUGCCCCAAGGGCUCGCCAGACAAAAAUGGCCAAGGCUGCUUCGAAAUGGGGAGAAGGUGAUAAGAAGCAGAGGCCUCAUUUGCCGAAAGAGGGGAAAGCUGCUUCAAAAUGGGAUAAUUACUUAACCCAUGAGGAAGAUGAAUUGCAAGGUUUGAAUGGUAGAAAGAUUGCAGAUCAAAUAGGCAAUUGGAGCAAUGGUGUUUUUGAGACCACGACAAAUGAUCAGAGAGUAGAAGAUGACAUUCACCCCGAUUUCAUUUGAAGCUUUCCGAUAACCAUAAACCUUCCACUUCUGCAUAAAACUGUUUGUGCAACCGUGCAAUAUGUGCUAAAAGGCAUCUAAUACUAAAAAUUCAGGCAA